AUGUCUCAAGGGCCCCCGCAGCCUCCCCCGGGGCCUGCGCCCAACAUGUUCGACUUUGGCAAUAUGGGCAUGCAAGACAUGAACGGGAUCGGGAUGAACGACGGCCAAGACAUGAUGGCCCUCCACGAUAACUUCAUGUUCAACCUCGAUGCGACAAUGUCCAUGAGCCUGGACCAGUCCGACGACCAAGGCAUGGGCAUGUCCAGCACCUUUAAUCCCCAGCUCAUGGGUGGGGCCGCAAGCCCACAACACGGGUCCUUGGCUCAGCAAAACGGCCUCGGUUCCGGCUCUAUGAGCAUGCAGAACUACCAACCCUCCCCGUCCGAAGACACCGGCCCUGGAGCUGGCCCUCAGCCCAUGACCAGUUUCGCCAUGACCCAAUCUGCACAGAUGCCCGGCGGCUCGACCCUGACCGAGUUCACAAAGAGGAGGAACUGGCCCGCCAAGGUCGUCGAGGAGCUCAAGGACCUGCUGAUGAUCCUGGACGCCGACGGCCGCGUCAAACAUGUGUCCCCAAGCGUCACAGCCCUGACCGGCUAUUCACCCGACGACGUCCUCGAGAGGCACCUCAAGGACUUUACACACCCAGACGACCAGGGCCUGUUCCUGACCGAGCUGAACGAGGCUAUCGCGUCGGGCAGCCAGAUGAGAUUGUUCCACAGGUUAAAGAAGAAGGAUGGCAGCUAUGAGAUCUUUGAGUCCGUCGGCCACGCACACAUUGCCGCCGCCAGGUUUGCAGCCAACCCCAACAACCAGUCAGCCUUUUGCCAGGCCGUGUUCUUCAUGGCGCGCGCCUACCAGCAGCAGGAGAAUGCCACCCUCCUCGACUCCUUCCUGGAACACAAAAUAGAAAACGAGCGCCUCAGGAGGAGGAUUGCCGAGCUCCGCAGGGAGGAGGAGGCGGAGACCGAGGAGGCGGCGCGCAGCUGGCGCCAGAGCCAGGAUGGCCGAGGGGAUAUGACACCAUCCGAGUCGACCAACAUGACGCCUAUCGGACAGAGCCCGACCUUCUAUCGCUCCAACUCGGACGCGGCAGCGAUGCCCCCACCUGAGAGGCCCAACCCGCUCAACAUAGCACUGACGAGGGAGAAUCUCGAGGGCGUCACAGCAGGGAGCCGGCCUGACUCUAUCAGGGACAAAAUGGCGCGCUACGAGGGCACUCAUGGUGACACUAAUAUAGAGAGGCUCACGGGCUUGCGAUACAACGAGGGCGAGAGAAGCCGCGGCAUAACGACGGGCAACGCGAGCCCCACUCUUAUCAAGGGCGAUGCCGGGAUAGCAAUACCCAUGGACAGGGACCCAAGAACUGGGGAGAAGAAGAAGAAGCUCAAGGUUGCGGAGGAAUAUGUCUGCACCGAUUGUGGCACGCUUGACUCCCCGGAAUGGCGCAAGGGCCCAAGUGGCCCCAAGACGCUGUGCAAUGCUUGUGGCCUCCGAUGGGCCAAGAAGGAGAAGAAAAAGAGCACCUCUGGCCCAGCAGGAGGAGGAGGUGGUGGUGGUCAUGGCAUGGGAGGGUCAGUCCAGUUGCUAGACCACGGGCAGUCAUGA